GAAGGGUGAAGUUAGGUUCAGAUUAGGGUAGGAGGAACCACACUUCUAUACCUAAACCCUGGGCUAAACAUGACAUCCCUGUGGCUAGAUCUGCAGAGAUUUUUAAGUGCAUCUUUAGAGAAGCAUUAUUCCGGCCUUAUAUCUCAGGGGAGACUAGGAAAUGGCCAGUCCAUCAUCCUCCUCCUACACCCCAUCCUGCUAAAAUGGCUGGUUCAAAGACUUCCUGACAUCCGGCCACACCAGUCAGUGCUGGAGGGUGAAUGAACAGAUGGAUGGCCAGGGUCGCUUGCCUGUGGGGCUAGUUUACUGAUACACAGAUAAGCAUUUUCUUUUCUCUGUGUGUAAUGUUGCAAAAAGUAGCUGUACUGAGCCAUCAGAAUAAGUCUUGUUUGUACAGGCAAUACAUUGUAUACAAUAAUAUAUGUUAUAUAGACAAUAUAAGUACCAAUAAAGCUUUGUGAGGUACAAUAUUAAGCCAAUGUUUGCAAUAGCCUAUAUAGAUAGAUUAAAUUAGAAUUGGCUAGAAUAAAAACAAACAAACCAUUUAUUCAAAAUAGUACUGUAUAAUUGAAAUUCUCCAAGGAAAGUGAGAAGUGUCACAGGAAGAUUGAAAUUUGUGCGGUAAUUCUUUAUAACCUGUUGUUGCUAUUUAAACGGAUUUCUUUUUCCUUCUGAACCACUUUUCAGGACCCCCAGUGACUGGGAAAUAGCUAUAAGAUCCGUCACUGUAGAUAAGAUUGCUCUGUAUAAGCAAUGACAGAACUUAGUAAUAAUGAUAUUGUUACAUAUAGGCUGUAAAAUACUUUAGUGCAUGUGUAACAGGUCGAGAUAAGAGAGGCGGCGGGAGGCGCAUACUGAUUCUCUAACAGGAUUGCUCAACAGGGAUGGCCUGUGCAUUUUGAUCAGCGCCCUACAGUGAAACGCAAUGGAAACUGGAUGAAUUUAAACUCAGAUGUGGAUACAGACAACAGACCAGGAACAACAGGAGGAAUACAAGUCCAGAAUAGUCUAAUAUAACAGUGACUGCCAACAUGACCUACAUACCACAGAGCUUCAUGGACGCAUCUAAAGGACAUCUCUGCUGUAAUGAUACAAUGGACAGUAAUUGAAGUGCUGCUCAACCUUGUAACACUGUAAUAAGUGACCUUCAUUUUAUUUGCUGCUGCAGAACUAUGCAUAACAAGCUGUGAACAUGUAUAUGAGUGAACAAGAAAAACAUCUGUAAGGAUCAUGUCCUAUGCAAAAUAGCGGACCAAGAUCAAUAGCGUGAUAUGCUUCCUGUACAGGAUAUUUUGCUGACCUUCUAUAAAGCUCUGGCGUCAAAGAGGAAACCAAAAAGAAAAAGUUAACCUGGCCUGAGUCUGCUGGAUUCUGCACUCUCUCCAGCCAGUCUCUCUCAGUAUACCACCUGAUUGUAUACUGCCUCUGCUCUUUGGAUCAGCCUACAACACGCAAGGCCCCACAACUGGAACCAGGAUCAAAAGUCCAAAGAACACCCAGGGUGAAAGGUCUUUUCCAGCUAGAGCACCUAUGCCUUAUUCACUUAUGAACAACAGAUUGUAUGGUAGUGAUCACUAAUUACGCUGUGAUCAAUAACAAAGUCAAUAGCCAAGCAAUAAAAACUGAAGUGCUUUGCAGGAAAGGUCAGAUACAAAUAGACAUUCUUGGCAUUCAGCAACUUAAACUGUUGCCAUUAUGCUCCUGAACUGUGGUCAGCCAUUACCUCUUCUGAGACAUACAGAUGUUCCACCUCGGGUCAUAGAAAAUUUCAUCCUGACUGGGUACCGCUUCCCAAACUACAGCCUAAGAGAAUGCUUGCUAUCAGCAUUCAGGCCUACCAAUGAAACAGGCAACUUCUGGACACACUUCCUCCCAGUUUUCAUUUUUUUCUACUAUUUUAUGGAGGUGUUUGGUUGGGAUGGCGCACCGCAUAGUGAUGCUCCUUUCUUCUAUCCAUUGUGGAACUACUUUAUUGGGGUGUUCUGUCUGCUAAUGGCUAGCAGCAUGGCCCACCUGCUCAACUCAAUGUCUCUGGUGGUAAGAGAAGUCUGCUUCUUUGUGGAUUAUGGUACUAUCAGUGCCUACACAGUUGGUUCAUCACUGGCAUACUACUACUAUAUCCAUCCUCGGGCAGGGAUAGUGGAGACAGGAGAACAUAACAUCUCCCAUAUGGACUUGAAACAUGAACCAACAAGGGUUCCUGUAUCAUCCUAUGCAAUCCCAGAGUUCAGUGUGUUUUUUGAAACCUUAUAUAUCCCAUGCACAUGUGCUGUAGCAAUCAUUUGUGUCAUAUCUUGCUGCAAUACUCGCCUGAAGUGGAAGCAGCAUCGAUACAUCAUCCGGACCUUUGUGUUCCUCCUGCCAUUCCUUAGCUCUUCCACGCCAGUCUUCUACCGCCUCUUCACCAAAUCUCCUUAUUCCACCACCUCAGCCUCCUUUGUUACUUCCAGCACUAUGUCCAAGUUCUUCUAUCACCACUGCCUCUGGCUGCUGGUGUCAGCUGUCUUCAACAUCAGCAAGUUCCCAGAGCGACUGGCCCCAGGUCGCUUUGACAUCUGGGGGCACAGCCACCAGUGGUUCCACUGCUUUACGUUUUUGUCCAUCCUUGACGAACUUCACAUGAUCAAGGCUGAGAUGAGAGCCAUCCUGCUUAGUCCGACUCUGCUGCUGCCACCUGCCACCUUAUCCCACCUACCUGGACCUACCAUAGCUUCCACCUACGGGGUGAUGCUCCUCCUCCAGACCACCAUCAUCUCCAUCAUUUUGUGGUUCUCCUGGCAUGCCAACUGCAUCUACGGACCUCAGAGAGACCAACUAGCAAAGGAACGCCCCAAGAAACACCUUAAAUGUCAGUGAUCAUACAGAUACAGUCAGGGAAAAAAUUAUUUGAACCCCAGCUGAUUUUGUAAG